CUGGCGGGGAUCGCACGACUUGUCCUUCAGUCUGAGACCUUCGGUUGGUCCCGCCACCGCGGAUCGGCGCGCUGGUGGAAGCCGAGGCGGUGGCACCGCAGAAUCUGCUGCAGUGUUUGGGGCCGAGGAGGAAGCGCCAUGUCAGAGUCGCCCCCGCGGGGUGCCGAGCGCGACCUUUUCCGGGACACGUGGGUGCGGUACCUGGGUUAUGCCAAUGAGGUCGGGGAGGCCUUUCGCUCCCUGGUGCCGGCAGCUGUGGUGUGGCUGAGCUAUGGUGUGUCCAGCUCCUACGUGCUGGCUGAUGCCAUUGACAAGGGCAAAAAGGCAGGAGACGUGCGGAGCCCUGAAGCAGGCCGCAGCACCAGGGUGACCGUGGCCGUGGUGGACACCUUCGUGUGGCAGGCUCUGGCCUCGGUGGCCAUCCCAGGCUUCACUAUCAACCGUGUGUGUGCUGCCUCUCUCUACAUCCUGGGCACUGCCACCCACUGGCCUCUGGCUGCCCGCAAGUGGACCACCACCGCACUGGGGCUGCUGGUUAUCCCCAUCAUCAUCCACCCCAUCGACAGGUCCGUGGACUUCCUUCUGGACUCCAGCCUGCGCAAACUGUACCCAUCAGUGGAGAAGCCCAGCUCCUCCUGACCCCGCCACCAUACCUGGCCUGUGGGUUGGCCCACUCCCUGUACUGUUGCAGCUUCCUGCUCCUGCCAGAGGACAUGGCUACCUGCUUCCUGUUUGAGCGGGGCAGAAGCCAAGAGACAAAGUCCUCAAGAGGCAGCAGCCACAGCAACUCACAGACAGACAGGACCUGAACCCCACCGGCUUCCGUGAACCUGUGAUACUGAGUGGGAGUGGACCCUGGGUGGGUCCAGCCCUGUCUUCUGACGGGAAAGCAACAUCCUCCCAUGGAGGAUAAGGAGACUGAGCCCCAGACAGGGCAAGGAAUAUGGCGUGACCACUUGGCCAGCUGGGGACCAAGGCCUCCCCAUGGCAGCGUGGCUGGCUGGAGGAGCAGCAGGCGCUCAGGGAAAUGCAGGAGUCCAGUAGCAGGGACGCUGAGGACUGAUUCCCUGGCCAGCCCAGCCCUCCUGUAGGGGCUGCUGGGGCCUGGCUGGAAGGCAGGACAGCCCCAAGCCCAAUAAAUGCUCAAGAAGUUGA